CUGCGGAUCAUCAACCAGCCGUCGUCGACAAACAAUCACUUUCCUAGCACCGGCCAUUAAAUUGCGAUGCAGCGCGGUACGAUUGAGAAAUAAGCUAACGAAGCGAGGAUAUUGCGGCUGGCUGAUGCUGAGAAGCCUGGUAGCUUUCAACCGUAACAAGAACGCUCCUUCCCAGCAUGGUAAACUUCACAUUGGGGUUUUAUAUUUGUUGCAGCCGUACCACCGCUGCAUCUGCAAUUCUACGACUAUGAUGAUGAGAAUGGUCGUUAUCCGCGAAUGUCGAGAAAGGAGCAGCUGCACCGAUGGGACACGUUGCACGGCAUGGUAUGGGUACCUUGCGAUUCCGCCAGGAACGUACCGCCGAGUGCGGUCGAAUGUGAUAGUGCCAGCGGGAAGCGCAAGAAACUCUACCUAGGCCGUGCUGAACACGCCGGUUCCAUUACGCCCGGAUUCAUCGAUCCGGUCAAGAAGAUCUGUACCAUACCGUGGGGCGGUAAGGCUCACGAGAAGAAGAUGUACGAUUUCCUGUGCACACCGGGUAAGUUUGUACCGUGCGAUGACACGAACACGCUGCUCCGUGCCACACCGGCCGGUGUGUCGGAGCAGGGUGAACCGUUGUACCUCGGUCGGGUAGAGGUGAACGGGCGGCUGAUCUGUGGCAAGGUGCAACGGUCACAUGCCGUUUGUUACGUACCGCACAACAGUAAGGAGAAGGCAUGGCAAAGCUUUGAAAUUUUUCUUAAAUCAUAAAGAAACACACUCCAGUACAUAUAUAUAUACUCAUAACUGUGGACGGAUUACGCUUAAGUGGGUGGGUACACUUAAUAGGCUGUGCAUGCAACAUGAACACUAGGGUAAGGGCGAUCGGUUACACCGAACCGAUUUUAGGCAGUAGAAAGUGACAAACGAAACGGACGUGAGUAUGGUAAUAAAUGUGUUCUCUUCUA